UUUGCAUCGGUUUGUAUCUCUGUGUACUUUUUCGAUAAUUGAACAAUUUGUGAAGGAAAAAUUUAGAUUUGUUAAGAAAUUCGAGUAAUUUGUUUAUAGAAAAUUGAAGAACCUAAAUAAAAUGGCUUCUUUGGAACCAGCACAAAAUAAGACAUGGGAUUUGUCUUUGUACGAACUACAGCGCAAACCGCAAGAAAUUAUUACAGACAAUACUGAAAUAGCAGUUUCACCCAGAAGUUUACACAGUGAACUAAUGUGUCCCAUAUGUUUGGAUAUGUUGAAAAAAACAAUGACUACUAAGGAGUGUCUGCAUCGAUUUUGCCAAGAUUGUAUUAUAACUGCAUUACGUUCGGGCAACAAAGAGUGUCCGACUUGUCGUAAGAAAUUGGUAUCGAAAAGAUCUUUGAGACCAGAUCCAAAUUUCGAUUUAUUAAUCUCAAAAAUUUAUCCCAGCCGAGAAGAAUAUGAAGCCAUUCAGGAAAAAGUAAUGGCAAAAUUCAAUCAAACACAGUCGCAGCAAGCUUUGGUAAAUUCUAUAAACGAAGGCAUUAAAUUGCAAAGCCAAAACAGGCCUCAGCGUUUUAGAACCAAGGGAAGUGGUGGCGGAGGUGGUGCUGCUGGUGGCGGUGGUCGUGCAGCAGGUGCUAAUCAUAAUUCUAACAAUGCACACAAUGUAUCAAAUGAAAGUAACACUAAUGGCAAUGAAAGUGAUACAAAUACAAGGGAAAGUACCACAACAGCUCCACCAGCGGCAACAGUAGCUAUAAAUGCUCCAACAACUACUGCUACUACACAUUCCAAUACUACAAUUGCUGCUGCUGUUUCGUCUGUAACUGGUAGCAUUGCAGCAAGUACUUCUUCUACCCGCAUGGAUGAUGGCGGCUCUAAUCCACCCUCUGUACGUUCCACUCCCUCCCCAGUACCUUCCAAUUCAAGUAGCUCAAAACCUAAACGAGCGAUGUCCGUUUUAACAUCUGAACGGUCAGAAGAAUCGGAAUCUGAUUCUCAGAUGGACUGUCGCACUGAGGGCGACUCAAAUAUAGACACUGAAGGUGAAGGUAACGGUGAAUUGGGUAUUAAUGACGAAAUUGAAUUGGUUUUCAAGCCUCAUCCCACAGAAAUGGCUGGUGAUAAUCAGUUAAUGAAGGCUUUGAAAGAAAAUUGCAUACGUUAUAUAAAGACGACGGCCAAUGCCACAGUUGACCACUUGAGCAAGUAUUUGGCUUUACGUUUAACCCUUGAUUUGGGUUCUGAGCUACCCGAAGCAUAUCGUAUGCUUAACUUUUGCAUCUAUGUUGCCCCUCAACCCUCUCAAUUGGUUAUUUUAAAUGGCAAUCAAACAUUACAUCAAGUUAAUGAGAAAUUCUGGAAAGUUAAUAAACCCAUGGAAAUGUUUUAUUCCUGGAAGAAAUCAUAAAUAAUCUUAAAUUUAUCUAAUUAUGCAACCGAAUAUCGCUUUUUAUUAUAACAUAUAUAUUUUCCUAGUUUAUAUAAUAGUUUUUAGUUUUAUCAUGACCUUUUGAUUUGUGUUUGAGCGCGUUUUACUUUUUUGUGAAAAAAAAGGAUCAAUAUGACAUUUUUUUUGUUUUAUGUCAAAAGAAGUCAUUGCAGCAAAAUAUACAACUAAAUGCUUUUUAUUGUAAGAAUCAAUGUCUAUAAAUAUUUAAUUAAUAAAAAAAUUAUGUAGUAUUAACAAAAUGUGUUAAAAACAUGGAGUAGUACUUAAAGUUAAUCGCUUGUUC